CAAAGACCAGCAGCUCAGCUCAGCAAUAAAAUCAUAGACCUGGACAUAUCCCUGCGAACCACAGAAACACGACAGACUCCAACAGAAGCUAGAAAGACAGAAGUAGCCGAGAGGCGAUGACCGAGAUAAAAAACUUAUUUCCUGGUUUGGGACAUCUGAUCUGAGCGAGGCUGAAGAGUCUGAAAUAAACACCAUCAAGCAGCACAGGAUGGCACUCCUGGAGGACAUUCAGAAGCUGAAGGAGGAGAUUGCACAAGUGUUUGCAGAGAUAGAUUGCUUCCAAAGCACAGAAGAGAGCAAAAUGGUCCAGAGGGACAAAGAUCUGUGCAUGGGCCGGAAGAAAUUCAACAUGGACCCUACAAAGGGGAUCCAGUACUUGACCGAGCACAAGGUGCUGUCCUCAGACUUGCGAGAGAUCGCCCGGUUCCUGUACAAGGGAGAAGGCCUGAACAAGACAGCCAUCGGGGAUUACCUGGGAGAGAGGGACCCGGCGAACCUGCAGAUCCUUCAGGCCUUUGUGGAAUGCCACCCGUUCGCCAACCUCAACCUGGUGCAGGCACUAAGGCAGUUCCUGUGGAGCUUCCGGCUGCCCGGGGAGGCCCAGAAGAUUGAUCGGAUGAUGGAGGCCUUCGCCAACUGGUACUGCCAGUGUAACCCAGGAGUCUUCCAGUCAACAGAUACGUGCUACGUGCUCUCUUUCUCCGUCAUCAUGCUGAACACCAGCCUGCACAACCCCAACGUGAAGGACAAGCCCCCUUUCGAGAGGUUCGUGGCCAUGAAUCGAGGCAUCAACAAUGGAGGGGACCUGCCUGAAGAGCUUCUGCGGAAUCUGUUCGAGAGCAUCAAGAACGAGCCAUUUUCCAUCCCGGAAGAUGAUGGGAAUGACCUCACGCACACUUUCUUCAACCCCAGCCGUGAGGGCUGGCUCCUUAAACUAGGAGGCCGGGUGAAGACCUGGAAGCGCCGUUGGUUCAUUCUGACUGACAACUGCCUGUACUACUUUGAAUACACCACGGAUAAAGAACCUCUGGGGAUCAUCCCCCUGGAGAAUCUAUCAGUUCGGAAGGUGGAGGACCCCAAAAAGCCAAACUGCUUGGAGCUCUUCAAUCCCAACUGCAAGGGGCAGAAGAUCAAAGCCUGCAAGACAGACGGGGAUGGGAAGGUGGUAGAAGGCAAGCACCAGUCCUACAAGAUCUCGGCAGCCACACCAGAGGAACGCGACCUGUGGAUUGAGGCAAUACGAACCAGCAUCACCCAGGAUCCCUUCUAUGACCUGGUCUCAGCCCGUAAGAAAAAGAUUGCCAGCAAAAACUGA